UUCUUCAUAUUUUACUGGAGUGCUAAGUGAUUAUAAGCGGAUUCACAGAAAUGCAAGGCUCUCCAGGAGCAGGAGUCUACCCUGUAGGAAUGCCGCCUGGCCUGGCGGUGCCCCCCGUGCAGAACCAGCCCCCUGGGAAUGGAGGGGUGAUCUGGAUGCCAGCCCCUCCUCCUCCUCUCUACUGCCCCCCUGGCCUGGAAUACCUGACCCAGAUUGACCAGAUAUUAAUUCAUCAGCAGAUUGAACUUCUUGAGAUUAUUACUGGCUUUGAAACAAACAACAAAUAUGAAAUCAAGAAUACAUUGGGGCAAAGAGUUUACUUCGCAGCGGAGGACACUGACUUCUGUACCAGGAACUGUUGUGGGCCAUCACGACCAUUCAACAUCCACAUUCUUGACAAUCUGGGGCACGAGGUGAUAAACUUGCAGAGACCCCUCAGAUGUUCUUCAUGCUGUUUCCCUUGCUGCUUACAGGAGCUGGAAGUUCAGGCCCCGCCAGGAACACCAGUGGGUUAUGUUGUCCAGAACUGGCAUCCCUGCCUGCCUAAGUUUACCAUUCAAGACGAGAAAAGAACAGAUAUACUGAAAAUUAUUGGCCCCUGUGUUGUCUGCAGCUGCUGUGAGGAUAUUAAUUUUGAGGUGAAGUCCAUUGAUGAAACUUUACCUGUUGGGAGAAUUUCUAAGCAAUGGACUGGAUUUGUGAAAGAAGUCUUUACAGAUGCAGACAAUUUUGGCAUCACAUUCCCAAUGGACCUUGAUGUAAAAAUGAAAGCUGUCAUGAUUGGUGCUUGCUUCCUUAUCGAUUUCAUGUUUUUUGAGCAUGGUGCGGAUAAUAAACAGCAAGCAGGAGUUUGGUAAUGAAAUCUGGAACUUUUUAUUUAAAAAGAAGAAAAUAAGUUGCCUGACUUUCCAUUGGAUUAUGGAGCUCAAGUGAGAAUGUGAGAAGCAUGGAUGUUAUUCUAACUGCUAUGUAGUCUAGCUUCYGUUUUUGUAAUCUCACACAAUAUCCGAAUCGGAACCCUUUGUACAGCUCAAUAUUGUAAAUUACAGAAAUAUAUAAACUUUCUUCCACAUAGUAGUCUUGGGCACUUUUAUGGAAGUAGUCCCCUUUUAAAGAAUUAACAUAACUUUGUUCAAUAUUAAUGUAAGUAGUGAGCCUAAUGAAGAAGGCCUGAUUGUUUUGAUGCACUUUUUUUUUGGUAUUUUUGCCUUGGUGUUCACAAAUAUCUACAAUGUCUUACCGAAUUGUAUGUCCUUCCUUUCUCCUUCUCUGCCCUCCCCUUGCCCAUCGUUGCUGCUGUGGACUCCUUUUGAUGUUCUCAGGAAUUAGAAACUUAUAACAGCA